AUGGCUUCGGAUGCGGCGGCGCAGAGUCUGCUCGUGGCGAGCACGAAGAUCAUCGGGGUUGGGCGCAACUACAUCGCCCACGCCAAGGAGCUCAACAACCCGGUCCCCAAGGAGCCCGUCCUGUUCCUGAAGCCGACCUCGUCGUUCCUCCACGCUGGCGUGGACACCGCCGCUGUCGAGAUCCCGGAGCCGCUCGAGUCGCUACACCACGAGGUUGAGCUCGCCGUCGUCAUCUCCCGGCGCGGGCGCGACAUUCCUGAGGCAUCCGCCAUGGACUUCGUCGGAGGUUAUGCACUUGCUUUGGACAUGACAGCAAGGGACCUUCAAUCUGUUGCUAAGUCUGCAGGCCUUCCAUGGACUUUAGCUAAAGGACAAGACACCUUCACUCCAAUUAGUGCAGUAGUUCCAAAAUCGGCUGUCACUAAUCCCGACGAUCUCGAGCUCUGGCUAAAGGUAGAUGAUGAACUAAGACAGAAAGGAUCCACAAGUGACAUGAUAUUCAAGAUUCCUUUUCUGAUCAGCUAUAUCAGUUCCAUCAUGACAUUAAUGGAGGGUGAUGUGAUACUAACAGGUACUCCUGAGGGUGUGGGUCCUGUCCGAGUAGGUCAGAAGAUCAAAGCUGGUAUAACUGACCUAAUUGAUGUCGAGUUUAAUGUUCAGAGGCGCAAUCGGGAUGUUCAUGGAAUAACGAAGCGCAAGGACAAGGCAUUGGUGGCAACGAUGAUCAUUCUGGCAGUGGUCACGAGCAGCAUCGCCUACCUCAAACAUCAUGAGCCCCAUCAGUCACAAAGUCAGAGAAGGUCAUGUAGCUGGCAGAUGAUGGCUCAGAUCAAAUCAAAUGCUGCUAUUGCAGGCCAACCGCUUGAAGAUUGCUGCUCGUGUCACGCGUUCCUCUUGGAUUGCUUCGGCCUCAUGUUGUAG